AUGAUGUCUUCAGUGGGCACUUAUCUCAUCAAAGACAAGGAGGUCUGCAAAACAAUAGUCGCGCAGUCAUUGAGGACAGGCUAUCGACUUAUCGAUACGGCCGCUGUUUAUCAGAACGAGGAAUAUAUCGGAGAAGUGAUCGAAAACUUACGCGAAUUUGGUCUCAAGAGAGAGGAUGUGUUUAUUAUCACUAAACUGAACCCAUCAGAUCAGGGCAGAGGGACUGCGCGGACAAAAGUGUUGGAAUCGAUCGCAAAGUUGAGGACUCCAUACGUGGAUCUGGUUCUGAUCCACUGGCCGGGCACCGUUGGUCUCGACCACAAGGACCCCAAGAACGCCGAGCUAAGGAAAGGCAGUUACGAAGACUUGGAGGACUUGCACGCCGAGGGUCUCAUCAAAUCGAUCGGUGUUUCCAAUUAUACGGCCAAACAUAUGGAGGAACUGCUAAAUCACUGCAAAGUCGUGCCGGCAGUCAAUCAGGUGGAAUUCCAUCCGUUGUUAUAUCAGAAGGAAUUGUGCGAAUAUAGCGAAGGAAAGGGUGUUGUCAUUCAGGCGUAUUCCUCGUUGGGAGGGGUCGAGGGCUGGAAAGUGCUGUCCAUUAAUCAAACGCUUGUCAAAGUGGCCCAAAAGUACCAGAAGUCUGUGGCGCAGAUACUCCUCAAGUGGGGUCUUCAGCAUAACGUUUGUGUCAUCCCGAAGACAUCUCGCGUGGAAAACCUGAGACCAAACUUUGAUUUAUUGGACUUCGAGAUAUCGACUGAAGACAUGUCGACAAUCGACUCAUUGAACGCAAACAAACACUUUAAUUCCGACCCAAACACUGUGCUUUGAAUCAAGCACAUUUGUUUUUAAAUUUACAAAUAUUAUAGACAUUUACGGUAAUAAUCUGUUGGAGUAGUAGUUUUCAAAUGAACUCACUUUUUCACACACUCUUUGUA